GGGAAUGGCUGGGAAGUAUCCGUGUUAAUUCCGCAUCGCCUAAAAAAAAAAAAAAAAAAGAAUAUAUAUAUAUUUUUUUAUUUGGAGUUAAAGACUAAGGGUCAAUGUGUCCGUGGACGUUUGGUGGAACUGAAGAAUUGUGUUAUGAUUUAAAAUAUUUAUAUAUAACAAGCCGGACUCAAAGCAUAACAAAGACUCGGCGAUACAAAAGCGGUGUGUGACGAAUGUUGACGCUAGCCUGUUUGUUAGCUUAGCUGUUUAGCCUAAUACAGACGUUAUUACACACAAGAAAUCAAAACAACAGUCUCGCUUUUAAUAGUAAACUUUCGUGCAUCCACCGCGCAAGGAUGCGUGUUUUCUGAUCUUUUAAGUAUUGCUAAAAUAAGCUGAUUGAUUUAGCUACGUUUUAAAUGCUAGUUAGCUAGUUUAGCUUAGCCAGUCGGCUAAUCUCGGCAAAGCGGUAAAGCCGGAGUUUGGCGGAGCGGUGAAAUGGAGACCCACAUCUCAAGCCUUUUCCCGGAGAUUCUAGCGAUGAUCUUCAGCUACCUGGACGUUAAAGGUAAAGGCAGGGUUGCGCAGGUGUGUGUGGCCUGGAGAGACGCGUCCUACCACAAAUCAGUAUGGAGAGGAGUCGAAGCCAAACUCCAUCUGAGGAGAGCAAACCCGUCGUUAUUCCCAAGCCUUCAGAGCAGAGGGAUUAAAAAAGUGCAGAUACUGAGCCUCAGACGCAGCCUCAGCUAUGUCAUUCAGGGCAUGCCGAACAUCGAGAGCCUUAACCUGAGCGGAUGCUACAAUUUGACAGACAACGGACUUGGACAUGCAUUUGUGCAGGACAUUCCUUGCCUGAGGAUCCUCAACCUCAGCCUCUGUAAGCAGAUCACAGACUCCAGCCUUGGCCGAAUUGCACAGUAUCUAAAGAACUUAGAGUUUCUGGAGCUUGGUGGUUGCAGUAACAUCACCAACACUGGCUUGCUCCUUAUAGCAUGGGGAUUGCACAGGCUCAAGAGCCUGAAUCUACGCAGCUGCAGGCAUGUCUCCGACGUGGGCAUCGGUCACCUGGCUGGGAUGACGCGCAGCGCCGCUGAAGGUUGUCUCGGCUUGGAGCAUCUCACUCUGCAGGACUGUCAGAAGCUGACCGACUUGUCGCUCAAGCACAUCUCAAAGGGACUGAACAAACUGAAAGUCCUGAACCUGAGUUUCUGCGGUGGCAUUUCAGAUGCUGGAAUGAUUCACCUGUCCCACAUGACCCAACUGUGGACUCUAAACUUGCGCUCGUGUGACAACAUCAGCGACACAGGCAUCAUGCACCUGUCCAUGGGCUCUCUUCGGCUGUUUGGUUUGGACGUGUCGUUCUGUGACAAAGUGGGAGAUCAGAGCUUGGCUUACAUCGCCCAAGGACUUUAUCAGCUGAAGUCGCUCUCGCUUUGCUCAUGUCACAUCAGCGACGAUGGAAUCAACAGGAUGGUGCGGCAGAUGCACAAGCUGAAGACGCUGAACAUUGGACAGUGUGUUCGCAUCACAGACAAGGGGCUUGAGCUCAUCGCUGACCACCUUACCCAGCUGACCGGCAUCGAUCUGUACGGCUGUACCAAAAUCACCAAACGGGGACUGGAGCGGAUAACGCAGCUCCCGUGCCUUAAAGUGUUGAACCUGGGGCUUUGGGAGAUGACUGAGGGUGAAAGAGUUAGGUGAUGCCUGAUCAGGCACCGCAGCUUACAGUUUAUACUACCUCAUUCAACAUUGUCACCAUAUUUUUAUUUUUAUUUUAUAAGAAAUGUGAAGGAACCUUUUAUUUGUUUAGUGUUAUGCAAUAAGAACACCGAACAUCCUUUGGUUAUAUUGUUUAAUAGUAUAUAUUUCUUAAAUGCCUUUUUGUUAGUAAGUGGAUAGUGGAUUAUUUUAGGGUGUCUUGCGGCACUGUUCUUAAAAAAAAAAUAUUUUCUCAUUCUCAAUUAGAUUAUACUGAUGUUAUACUGAAUGCCUUAAAGUAUUACCAUCAUCUUGGGAGCUGUAGUACUGCUCUUAGCAUUAAAUAUGGAUCAGUGUUUAAAUUCUUUUUCCAUGCUUCAGAAAGAUGUAACAUUCUCCUUAGUAAGAUGAAACAUAUGCAAUUUAAAACUGUGUAAAAAAAAAUAUAUAUAUGGUCAAUUUAUUGGUAAGAUAAUGUUUGGAAUGUCUAUUUUCCUAUGCUAAAAAAAUUAAAAUUGUUUUUGAAAUCG